AUGAAGGCCCUCUCCCUCCCUAUCAUCCUUAGCCUCACCGGCCUCACCACUGCUCGGACCGUCCUAUCCGGCUGUGUCUCAUCCCUCACUACCGAUCAGUACCACGAAGCCAGCAUGAUCUGGUAUGUACCCGGCACCGGCGAGAUCUGCGCCUUUCCCGACUGCGGCGGCGGAACCGCACCCCCGAAGACUGACCAGCCGGGCUGCCCGUUGUAUACCGGCACGGCAACUCUGACCUCCAGCUACUUGCCUGGCUGGGGGCCCAGUGGCAAGAUGGCGGCAUCAACAUCCACGGCGAAGGAGACUAUGUUGACCGGCACGAGAACUGCCACCAGUGCUAGCGAUAGCAUGAUUACUACGGCACCAACUACUUCGGUCCUGGCCUCUUUGACGACUACCACCUUAAAAGACACAACUCUGUCAAGCUCGACAUCUGCUGCUCCAAAUUCUACGACUACUGGCAAUGCUGCUAGCAUACAUAAUUCAAAUAUUGGGGGUGUUAUGGGUAUUGUGGCUGCAGUUGUUGGUGUCAUGGCUCUAUAA